CCGCCAGCCUCUAAGGCGGUUUGAGACCUAGAGACCCUAAAUCCUUGGCGCGCGUGAGCGCCCGCGCUGCUCCUUACCCACACCAAGGGCCAGGGGUGCGAGGGUCACCUAUUUGAUCCUCUCCCCGCCUCUCGCCCGGAGCUAACCGCCCGGUGCGCGCGGGCACCUCGCGCCGCGCUCCCUCCUCCCCGCCCCCCCUUCGGAGCUCCCGCCCGCGCGCUCCUCCCCUCCCCUCUCCCCAGCGACGCGCACGCGCGCCAAGCCGGCUCGCGCCCUCUCGCUUUCCUCCGGCCCGCGAGACCCCCUCCCCUUCCGCCUCGCGGCGCUUCCUCGCGCCGCGGUCUUCUCUAUCCACCCCCGACACCGCGGGGCUCCCCCCGCCCGCCAACGGCGGGUCCCCAGCUUCCCGAUCCCCCUCGCUUCCCGCGCUCUCUGGCGGGGACCCAGCCCCGGCCCCCUCUCUCCCUCCCUUCCCUCUGAUUCCCCUUCCGGACGCUGCCAUCAUGUUGAAGCCUCAGCCGCCACAACAGACCUCCCAGCCCCAGCAGCCGCCCCCCACGCAACAGGCCGUGGCUCGCCGGCCUCCCGGCGGCACCAGUCCUCCCAACGGCGGCCUCCCGGGGCCACUGGCCCCCGCCGCUGCUCCCCCAGGGCCUCCCGCGGCUGCCGCUCCCUGCCUGGGGCCUCCGGCUACUGCCGGCAGCGGGCUCCGCCGGGGAGCCGAAAGCAUCCUGGCGCCGCAACCGCCGCCGCCGCAGCAGCAACAUCAAGAGAGGCCAGGGGCAGCCGCCAUCGGCAGCGCCAGGGGACAGAGCACAGGAAAAGGACCCCCACAGUCACCUGUGUUUGAAGGUGUUUAUAACAACUCCAGGAUGCUGCAUUUCCUGACAGCUGUUGUGGGCUCCACUUGUGACGUAAAGGUGAAAAAUGGCACCACCUAUGAAGGCAUUUUCAAGACUUUGAGCUCAAAGUUUGAACUGGCGGUAGACGCUGUGCACCGGAAAGCAACUGAGCCAGCAGGUGGCCCUCGUCGAGAAGACAUUGUAGACACCAUGGUGUUUAAACCGAGUGAUGUCAUGCUUGUCCAUUUCCGAAAUGUUGACUUCAAUUAUGCUACUAAAGACAAGUUCACUGACUCAGCCAUUGCCAUGAACUCGAAGGUGAAUGGGGAGCACAAAGAGAAAGUGCUUCAGCGCUGGGAGGGCGGUGACAGCAACAGUGAUGAUUAUGACCUCGAGUCUGACAUGUCCAAUGGAUGGGACCCCAAUGAAAUGUUCAAGUUCAAUGAGGAGAAUUAUGGCGUGAAGACCACCUAUGAUAGUAGUCUCUCUUCUUACACGGUACCCUUAGAAAAGGACAACUCAGAAGAGUUUCGUCAGCGGGAGCUGCGCGCAGCCCAGUUGGCUCGGGAGAUUGAGUCAAGCCCCCAGUAUCGCCUGCGAAUUGCCAUGGAGAAUGACGACGGGCGCACUGAAGAGGAGAAGCAUAGUGCAGUCCAGCGGCAGGGGUCAGGGCGAGAGAGCCCCAGCUUGGCAUCCAGGGAGGGGAAGUAUAUCCCUCUGCCUCAACGUGUUCGAGAAGGUCCCCGGGGAGGAGUUCGGUGCAGCAGUUCUCGGGGUGGCCGACCUGGCCCUAGCUCUUUGCCACCUCGUGGCCCUCAUCACCUUGACAAUAGUAGCCCUGGCCCAGGUUCUGAGGCACGUGGUAUUAAUGGAGGUCCUUCCCGCAUGUCACCCAAGGCACAGCGUCCUCUGAGAGGUGCCAAGACUCUGUCUUCACCCAAUAGCAGGCCUUCUGGAGAAGCUUCUGUUCCACCUCCUCCUGCAGCUCUCCCUUUUCUUCCAGUGGGCCGGAUGUACCCUCCACGCUCUCCCAAGUCUGCUGCCCCUGCCCCAAUCUCUGCUUCCUGUCCUGAGCCUCCUAUUGGCUCUGCAGUGGCAAACUCUUCAGCCUCUAUCCCUGUGACAUCAUCAGUUGCGGAUCCUGGAGUGGGCUCCAUCUCCCCAGCUUCUCCAAAGAUCUCACUGGCCCCUACCGAUGUAAAAGACCUCCCAACCAAGGAACCUGGCAGAACUCUGGAGCCUCAAGAGCUAGCCCGGAUAGCUGGGAAAGUCCCUGGCCUUCAGAAUGAGCAGAAACGAUUUCAACUGGAAGAACUGAGAAAGUUUGGGGCCCAGUUUAAGCUUCAGCCUAGUAGCUCCCCUGAGACCAGCCUGGAUCCUUUUCCUCCUCGAAUUUUAAAGGAGGAGGUCAAAGGGAAGGAGAAGGAGGUUGAUGGUCUGUUGACGUCAGAACCCAUGGGGUCCCCAGUCUCAUCCAAGACAGAAUCCGUAUCGGAUAAGGAGGAUAAACCACCCCUGGCACCUGCAGGAAGCACGGAGGGGCCAGAGCAACCCCCACCUCCUUGCCCAAACCAAACUGGCAGCCCCCCGGUGGGGCUCAUCAAGGGAGAUGACAAGGAUGAGGGCCCUGUUGCUGAACAAGUAAAGAAAUCAACGUUGAAUCCCAAUGCCAAGGAAUUUAAUCCCACGAAGCCUCUGCUGUCUGUGAACAAAUCCACAAGUACCCCAACUUCUCCAGGGCCCCGAACUCAUUCAACCCCCUCCAUCCCGGUGCUGACAGCAGGCCAGAGUGGACUGUACAGCCCCCAGUACAUCUCCUACAUACCUCAGAUCCACAUGGGACCAGCUGUGCAGGCACCUCAGAUGUAUCCAUAUCCUGUAUCCAAUUCGGUGCCUGGGCAGCAGGGCAAGUACCGAGGAGCAAAAGGCUCCCUCCCGCCCCAGCGCUCAGACCAACACCAGCCAGCCUCAGCCCCUCCGAUGAUGCAGGCUGCUGCAGCUGCUGGCCCACCCCUGGUGGCUGCCACACCUUACUCUUCCUACAUCCCCUACAACCCGCAGCAGUUCCCAGGCCAGCCUGCCAUGAUGCAGCCUAUGGCCCACUAUCCCUCACAGCCGGUGUUUGCCCCCAUGCUUCAAAGCAGCCCACGCAUGCUGACGUCGGGUAGCCAUCCCCAGGCCAUUGUGUCAUCCUCCACUCCUCAGUACCCUUCUGCAGAGCAGCCCACUCCCCAAGCCCUCUAUGCCACUGUUCACCAGUCCUAUCCACACCAUGCCACGCCGCUCCAUGCCCACCAGCCUCAGCCGGCCACCACACCUACUGGGAGCCAGCCGCAGUCACAGCAUGCGGCCCCCAGUCCCGUCCAGCACCAGGCGGGGCAGGCCCCACACCUGGGCAGUGGACAGCCACAGCAGAAUCUGUACCACCCAGGGGCCCUGACAGGCACACCGCCCUCUCUGCCACCGGGACCUUCUGCCCAGUCCCCUCAGAGCAGCUUCCCCCAGCCAGCCGCUGUGUAUGCCAUCCAUCCCCACCAGCAGCUGCCCCACGGCUUCACCAAUAUGGCCCAUGUUACCCAGGCCCAUGUCCAAACUGGAAUCACAGCAGCCCCGCCCCCUCACCCUGGGGCUCCCCACCCGCCCCAGGUGAUGCUGCUGCACCCACCCCAGAGCCAUGGGGGGCCCCCCCAAGGCGCGGUGCCCCAGAGUGGGGUGCCUGCACUCUCAGCUUCCACACCCUCACCCUACCCCUACAUCGGACACCCCCAAGGUGAGCAGCCUGGCCAGGCGCCUGGAUUUCCAGGAGGAGCCGAUGACAGGAUUCUAUGUAGGGUGGGCAGAAGCCACAGUCGCCGCCGCCAGGGGCUUGCUCCUGGCUCUGUCCUUUGCUUCCCUCCGUCCUCGCUCAGUUGUGAUCCAGCAGCCCCCCUCCCCACUGCCUCCCCAGCUCUCAGUGACCCCGACUGUCUCCUGACUUAGCCGAGGUAAGGUCAGCGCAGCAGACAGGGCCAGACUGGGGUGUGGGGGGCUGAGCUGGGCACAUGAGUAAGGGCUCUGGCUUACUGGGAAACAGCGAUUGACCUGUGCUUCUGACAGCCCCAUGAGACACCUUGAGGAGGCCGCUCCUACCCACACACCCCCACAGCCCCUGGACGCAUUGAUGAAGGGACAGCUGCUUGGGUUCUAAUGCUCCUGCUCUCUUCUCUUUCCCCUCCAACCAGUUCAAUCUCAUCCCUCCCAGCAGCUCCCCUUCCACCCCCCGGGGAACUGAAGAUUGUCCUGGCCGCGACCUGAGACCUCCAUGAGUGGAGGGAAGAGUGAUCUAUGUCUCUUCCCCCAGCAGCUCGGACCAGUCCCAGCCCCCCAACCCCCCCUUUCCCCGGGGGAGCUGGGGAAUUCCUGCCAAGCACCUUGAAUGGGAGGGGCCUCAAAGUGGGCAGGGCCAGGGUCCAGCAGGGGUGGGGGGUUCCUGCUCCGCCCCUGCCUGUUCCCACCCAAUCUUGCCCUCCCAUCCUCUCAUCUAUUCCCCCCCACCCCCGCUGGAGACGGAAGAUCUUUUAUUUUCUAUUAUUUAUAACCUCAGACUUGGGCCCCCUGUUCUUUCUUCCCCAUUAACUUGAGUGACCUGCGUGAGAGACAGACAGACAGAUGCCCCACAAGGAUGGUUGGACAAGGACUUUUACUUUUUAUUACAUAAAAAUAUUAAAAAAUAAAUAAAAAAAAUAAAAUUUUAAACUAACUUAACUUGCUUAUAGUUUGCUCUUUAGAGGUGAGAGGAAGGUUAUAGUUGUUAGUCUUAGAUGAUAUUAGGAUUACAUUCAUCUUGUCACCUGUUCUUUCUCCUCUUUGUCUAAAAAUCAUAGCUAGGGUCUCUGAACCUAGGAUGAGGGGAACCAAACUGGAGAGGUAGGCUAUUCAUUUGAAAGUGGGUUCCAGACUUAAUGUGAAGUUGUGUGGUUAAUGAUUGAGUUUCUGGGUAAC